UGAUUCCUAAACAAAAAGGGUUUACUAUAGUCUAUGCUAUAAAAGCCCUGCAGCCUUUGGCAAGCAUUCAAAGCAAUAGUCUCCGUGGAAGAAACCUAUCCAACCCUAAUACGAAGAAGACAUGACAAAGCCAAAUUUCCCUCAAGAUAUUGUAGAAGAGAUACUCUUACGAUCACCUGUCAAAGCCCUGUUUAGAUUCAAAUCGGUUUCGAAGCCAUGGCGUUCUCUGAUCUCAAGUUCCUCUUUCGCCAAAUUGCACUUCCAACGAGCAUCAGAAGACCGUAGUAUCAAGGCUCAAAACGUUCUUUUAUCAUCGCCUAAUGAUGGCCUCAAGUUCUUCAAAGUAUCGGACACAUCUUUAGGCGAUGAAUUAGCAUUGGUAGGCCUUGAUUUUCCACCAAAAGGGCGUAUUCAAUGUUCCAAAAUUCUUGGUUCAUGCAAUGGUCUGGUAGCUUUAGCCCUGAACAAUUUUUUCUUUAUUUGGAAUCCAUCAACUGGAGACUACAAGAAGUUGGGAGAGCCUAGUCCUUCAGCUCUCGCCCAUCCUUAUCAACGUUUUUCUGGUUUUGGUUAUGACUCAUCCUCUGACGAUUACAAAUUAUUUUUUGGAUUUUCACCAAAGAAAGCUGAAAUUUUUUCACUGAGAAAAAAUUCAUGGAGAAUGAUUGAAAUCUUUCCUCCGCUUGAUGUCUAUUACACUAAAGGGUGUGGUGUUUUUGUCAAUGGAGCUCUCCAUUGGCCAUUUCAGUGUUAUAUGCCAUACGACAAAGAAAUCACUGCUUUUGAUGUAAACAGAGAGAUAUUCAAUAGACUGCCAAUACCCCAUGGUGCUAUCUACCAAAUUGGCUUGGGGGUUCUUGAAGAUAAACUUUGCAUAAAUUAUCGUAUUUUGUCUGCUAUCGAGUUUUGGGUAAUGGAGGACUAUGGCAGUAAGGGGUCUUGGAUUAAAUUGUUUAGCAUUAGAUAUCUUGGUUUCCUUGAGCCCUUGUGCAUUUCAGAAACAACUGUUCUAUUUAUAAAUGAAGGACGUUCCAAGAAAUUGAUGAGGUGUGACGCUGAAGAAGACAAUUUCAAAAUAUUUCAGGUUUUCAAUAAUCCGAAAUGGCCAUGUGAAGGUAUUGCUUACAUUGAGAGUCUGCUCUCACCUAAUUUUUAUUGUAACGUUUCUGUGGAUGAAACGCACAAUGACCACAUAGUUAAUUAGGAAGAGGAAGCUUGUGUUACUGUUUCAGCAGAAUCCCUUCUUUUGUUUCACAAAUAUAUUGGUUUUUUUUUUCUUUUUACUUUUCAGCCUAGAAAAGUG